AUGACUAGAACAAAUUAUACUGUGGUGACUGAGUUCAUCCUGUUGGGAUUGGCAGACACGCUGGAGCUACAGAUCACCCUCUUCUUGCUGUUUUUUGUGGUAUACACACUUACGGUUUGGGGGAAUGUUGGCAUGAUCCUCUUAAUCAGGGCCAACUCUCGACUUCACACACCCAUGUACUUCUUUCUGGCCAAUCUGUCCUUUGCGGACAUUUGUUACUCCUCCACCAUCACCCCAAAGAUGCUGGUGGAUUUACUGUCGGAGAAGAAAAUCAUCUCCUUUGUUGGCUGCUUUGUGCAGUUGUACUUCUUCAUCGCCUUGGCCACGACCGAGUGCAUCCUGUUUGGGUUAAUGGCCUACGACCGUUACGUGGCCAUAUGCAACCCUCUGCUUUACCCCAUGCUCAUGUCCAGGACCAUCUGCCUUAAAAUGGCAGCAGGGGCUUUUACAGCAGGGCUGUUGAACUCCAUCGUUCACACAAGUUAUAUAAGCAGCUUGCCAUUCUGUGGCUCCAAUGUCAUCAACCACUUCUUCUGUGAUUGCACUCCACUUUUUAAGCUCUCAUGUUCUGCACACACACGGCUGAGUGAAAGCACCAUUUCCAUUUUUGCUGGUGUGAAUAUGAUCGGGACUCUGCUGCUCAUCCUCACCUCCUACUCCUACAUUCUCUUCUCCAUCUUUCGCAUGCAUUCAGGGGAGGGGAGGCGCAAAGCGUUCUCAACAUGUGCCUCUCACCUGACAGCUAUAACUCUGUUCUAUUCCACUGCCAUCUAUACUUAUCUGAAACCCAGUUCCAGCUAUUCCCUAAGUCAGGACAAAGUGGCUUCUGUGUUCUACACAGUGGUGAUUCCCAUGUUAAAUCCUCUGAUCUACAGCCUCAGGAAUAAGGAAGUAAAGGCAGCUUCCUGGGAUAUAAUUACCAGGAAAAGGAUUCUUUCAUCUCUAUGA